AUGUCCACCACCAACCAGUCCAACACCAACUCCUUGUCUUUUCUCCUGAUGGGCAUCCCUGGCCUGGAGGCUCUCCACAGAUGGAUUGCCAUCCCCUUCUGCUUCAUGUACCUGAUGACCUUGCUGGGGAACAGCCUGGUCCUCCUGACCGUGCGGCUGGACCAGAACCUCCAUCAGCCCAUGUACUAUUUCAUUUCCAUGUUGUCCAUCAUCGACCUGAUCUUCUCCACUGCUGUCGUUCCCAAGAUGCUGGGUGUGUUCUGGUUGGAUUCAAGAGAGAUUGGCUUUGAGGCCUGCUUCGUCCAGAUGUUCUUCAUCCACACCUUCACUGCAGUGGAGUCAGGGGUGCUGCUGGCCAUGUCCUUCGACAGGUAUGUAGCCAUUUGCAACCCCCUGAGAUACAGCACCAUCCUAACAAGCUCAAGGACCAUCCAGAUAGGACUGAUGUCACUGGCCAGGGGAGCUGGUGUCAUGACACCUUUGAUGUGCCUCCUGACCAGCUUGCCCUACUGCACCAGCAGGGUCAUCCCUCACUCCUACUGCGAGCACAUGGCCCUGGUGGAGCUGGCCUGUGCUGACCCCUCUGCCAGCGACCUCUACAGCCUCAUUGUGGCAACCCUGCUGGUGGGGACAGACUCUGUCUUCAUCACCUUCUCCUACGGCAUGAUCCUCAGGUCUGUGAUGAGGCUGCCAUCCCAAGAGGCUCGUCUCAAGGCCCUCAGGACCUGCGGGUCCCACAUUUCCAUCAUCCUGAUGUUUUACAUAGGUGGGCUCCUCUCCAUGUACCUGCAGAUGUUCUCCUUUGGCUUGGCUCCUCACAUCCAGGUCUUGGUGGCUGAUUUCUACCUGACGGUCCCUCCCAUGCUCAACCCCCUCAUUUAUGGUGUGCAGAUGAAGCAGAUCCAGGAAGGGAUCUUCAAACUCUUGGGGCUUGGCAGGACUCAGGAUCUCACCAGCUGA